AUGACUGGCGAAACCACCCCUUCCGGCUCAUCAACCGAUUGGCAACCUCCUCCAACCAUCUUCGACCCCACGACGUGCACGCGCAAGGGUUUGUGCCCCGUAACACACAUCAGACACCAAGAUGCGAACCCCCUAGAAAGCCACUCGUUGUACUAUGAGAUCCAUGGCUCUGGUCUGGAGAAAAUUGUGUUUAUCAUGGGCUUGAACGCCUCCGCUUCAGGAUGGGUAUCCCAGGUCGAUUACUUCGGGAGAAAGCCGGAGUGCUCUGUUCUAGUAUUUGACAACAGGGGCGUUGGAAACAGCGGAUCUCCUCGUGGGCCAUACACCACGGAGGGGAUGGCCCAAGAUGUCGUGACGCUGCUGGAUUUUGUUGGCUGGACGGAAAAGCGUCAGAUUCAUGUCAUUGGCAUAUCUCUGGGCGGUAUGAUUGCACAAGAACUCGCGGAGAAGAUACUUGAACGUACCGCUUCGCUCACCUUGGUUGUCACCAAGCCUGGGAGACGUCGUCUGAUUGAGCUGCCCUCUUAUGUGGGCACAAGGAACUUGUUGAGGUCGAUGAUGGUGUCCAACCCAGAAGACAGGAUCCCACUCGUCCUGGAGACGCUGUUCCCUCAGGAAUGGCUCGACUCCAAAGACCCUUCAGAUCCCGAGGGGCGCACGAACAGAGAGCUUCAAACGAUUGCGUACCGCGAGCGAAUCGCUGUCACCCCCCCACAAACACUUGUCGGCUCCUUGUCUCAGAUGGCUGCGGCAAUGACACACCACGUAUCCCCGGAAAGACUACGGAGGAUCUCGUCGGCUAUACCCAAAGUCGCAAUUGUGACAGGGGAUACGGACACUCUCAUUGACCCUAGGAACAGCCAGCUCUUGAAGCAAGACAUGCCAGAAGCCGAGCUCAUCAUUCGAGAGGGGGCGGGCCACGGGGUACCCAUGCAAUACAAGGAGUGGUUCAACGAGGUGCUUGAAAGGACCCUCAAGGAAGGCAGGGAACGCGCAAAUUGA